CUUUUACUAUGCUUGUGUCAAAAAUCUCCCGCCAAAUUCCUCUGUUCUGUUGCUGUUGUACAGUUUGGGCUUUUAUAUUUUAAUUUGUAAAGAAAACAAGUUAUUGGUUUAAUUGUUACUGAUAAAUCUUCAAAAUGGGUAUUUUAGGUUUAUCUAAGUUAAUAGCGGACAUAGCUCCUCAGGCUGUGAAAGAAAUGGAAAUCAAAAAUUAUUUUGGAAGAAAAAUUGCGAUUGAUGCGUCCAUGAGUUUGUACCAGUUCCUGAUUGCUGUCAGAAGUGAAGGUUCACAACUGAUCGCAGCAGACGGAGAGACCACGUCUCAUCUCAUGGGCACAUUCUACCGCACAAUCCGGCUCGUAGAGAACGGUAUCAAGCCAGUGUACGUGUUUGACGGGAAGCCACCGCAGCUGAAGUCUCACCAGCUGGACAAGAGAGCAGAGAGACGUGAGGAGGCAGAGAAGGAACUGCUGAAGGCUACGGAAGCUGGCGAUCAGGUCUCCAUCGAGAAAUUCAACCGUCGUCUGGUGAGGGUGACAAAGAAGCAUGGCGAAGAAGCGCGGGAACUCCUCAAGUUAAUGGGCGUGCCGGUUGUGGAGGCGCCGUGCGAGGCCGAGGCGCAGUGCGCGGCCCUGGUAAAAGCAGGCAAAGUGUACGGUGCGGCCACAGAGGAUAUGGACGCGCUAUCGUUCGGAGCGACUGUCCUGUUACGACACAUGACCUUCUCCGAAGCACGUAAGAUGCCCGUACAAGAGUUCCAUCUGGACAAAGUGCUGGACGGAUUAGGAUUGAAACAGAACGAGUUCAUAGACCUGUGCAUCCUUCUCGGCUGCGAUUACUGCGGCUCCAUCCGCGGGAUCGGUCCCAAGCGCGCCAUCGAGCUCAUCCGCCAGCACCGCUCCCUGGAGCAAGUGCUGAAGAACAUCGACACGAGCAAGUACCCGCCGCCGGAAGACUGGGACUUCGAGGGCGCCCGGAGACUGUUCGUGGAGCCCGAGGUCGCCGACCCCAGCGGGAUCGAGCUAAAAUGGACAGAUCCGGAUGAAGAGGGCUUAGUAAAGUACCUCUGCGGCGACAAGCAGUUCAACGAGGAUCGCGUGAGAGCGGGCGCCAAGAAACUGCUGAAGGCUCGCUCCGGCACCACGCAGGGACGCCUCGAUGGGUUCUUUAAGGUACUAUCAACGACACCGAACCCCAAGAGAAAAGCAGAAGAAGAGAAAAAGAACGCCAACAAGAAAGCCAAAACGGGGGGCAGAGGACGGAAGCCCAAAUAACUAUAGAGUAAGCUAUUUUCAACCUAAAUCCAUGACCAUAAGGUCGUAAUUUACAAUUCAGAAAAUAUUAUGUGUACUCGUAACUAGGGUAAGCUAUUUUCAACCUAAAUCUAUGGCUUUAAGGUCGUAAUUUACAAUUCAAAAAAUAUUGUGUCUACUCGUAUUUUAACUAGGGUAAGCUAUUUUCAGCCUAAAUCCGUGGCUUUAAGGUGAGUAUAGACUGGAACAUUUCUUUAUAAUGUAACGUUUUUGUGAUUGGUACAAUAGAGUUAAAAUGUGCGACGUUUGGUUCGUCAAAGGGUGACACUAGAACAUUUGAUAGAGUGGCUCGUUGUCGUUGUUCUGUUACAAGUAAGUACUCUAGUCUAUACUCACCUUUAAGGUCAUAUUUGUGAUUCAAAAAAUUAUUACGUUUAAGUAGGGUAAGCUAUUUUCAGCCUAAAUCCCUCUGAAAUCAAGCAUAAUUUGGCAUUUUAAACCAUAGACAACUACAGUGCUCAUCUUAAAUGCUGCUUCCAUUAUACUCUUUGGCACACAGCGAAAGAUUUCUCACUCUAAAAACUGGUAAGUACAUAAGUUGUAACUUUUCUCGCUAUGUAUUUGUCUAUGGAUACAAUAAUGUGAAAGCAUGUUGAAUAUCCGGUUUCUACCUGGUCCAGGCUAAGCCUAGGCGCAGACCACUGACUCAGUUGGCCGAUAGUUGAGACGGGCUGUUAAUCAAUAUGGACUUGUAUGAAA